GAAAGCAACAAGACAUUGUCCAGGACAGAGAGAGCGAUUGAGGCGCACGGGUAGUAUAUGUAUAGCGUGUGAAUCGACAUUUUCAGCGGAAUGAAGAUUUAAAAUUUGGAGGAAUGAGUGUAAUCGGGAGAACAAUGAGGAGCGGCACUGAACGGUACCGAGUAUGAUCUGACCUGGAUUCGGGUGAGGAGUUUGGGAAAGAUAGGGUGAGGGGGGUGAGGGUUGAUGAGGGAUUUACUGCAUUGCUGGGUCAAACAAACUACCCCCACCACUGAAGGGAAAAGUAGUAAAGGGAAAAGUGCAGCGAAUGAGAAACAAACCGAUCAGACAACGCGGUGAGGAAACGAUGAACAUAGAAAAGUGGUGUGUGCUGUGACUUCCUAAAGUGUAAAAGUUAGGUUUACUCUGGAACUGAAGCUGGAACACAAGACAAAAGCACAAUGUCACGUUCAGAUGAGGUCAACAAGAUGACAGAAAAUGUCUAUAAGGGUAUUCUGGACCAGUUUAACCCCAGUUUGAAGAACUUUGUCACUAUGGGGAAACACUAUGAAAAAGCCUUGACAGGGGUAACAGUAGCAGCGAAGGGAUACUUUAAUGCACUGGUCAAACUAGGAGAGUUGGCCAGUGACAGCCAGGGCUCAAAGGAGCUGGGUGACACAUUAUUCCAGAUGGCAGAGGUUCAUCGGCAGAUCCAGGUCCAACUCGAGGAUGUGCUGAAGCUGUUCCAUUCAGAACUGCUGUCUCAACUGGAACAGAAACUGGAGUUGGACAUCAAAUUUCUCACAGCCACGCUGAAGAAGUACCAGAGUGAGAGGAAGUCAAAGGUGGAGUCGAUUGAGCGCUGCCAAUCGCAACUCAAGAAGCUGCGAAGGAAGAGUCAAGCUAGUCGCCACCCAAACAAAUACGGAGACAGAGAGAUGCAGUAUGUGGAGUUGAUGAGUCGUCGGCAGGGGGAGCUGGAUACUCUGGUUGCCGUUGGUUACCGCUCUGCUCUGACAGAAGAGAGGAGGAGGUAUUGCUUCCUGGUGGACCGCCAGUGUUCAGUCACCAAGAUCCUCGUCAACUACCACUGCAAGGUGAGAGAGGUCUUGUCGCAGAAGCUGUUGUCAUGGCAACAGUCAUGCUCCCAGCCGACCAAACUACCAGAACGAGCCCUGAACCUGUUACGUCACACUGCCCCUCAGAGCUCUGGAGGAGCAGGACUUGCAGACGUGCUGCGCAAUGCUAAACUGGGAAUCUCGCAAACUGGAGAACAAAGGCUGUCUGUACAGGAAGUCCCGCCUUUGUUAAACGGUGACAGUAGCAGCCGGUUGCAGCAGCAGCGGUCAGCCCAGUCUGAAAACCUAUUCCAGUCUCUCCCGGGCCUUUCACCCAGCACGAACUCCACCCGUAAUGACCACACCCACUCCCAGCACUCUUCCCUCCAGUCAGCAGUGAGCGUGCCUGGUCUACAGUCUCCACCCUCUGUCAGCCACACCUCCCCAUCUUCCCUCAGUUCUCUGCAGGGUCUCACCCCUCCUGUAACUGCCCCUCAUAGCCCCCCAUUGCCCCACAGUGCCCCUAUGUCCCGCGCCCUCACACCUGUGCCCUCCACACCCUUACAUGAAGUGGCCAACUUACCCACCACCUUUAAUGUGCUGAAAGGAGCAGAGUUGUACGCUACCUCCACGCUACCGUUGCCAAGGAGACAGCCCAGCGAGAUCAGGACAGGGUUCUUGGGCUCCACUCUUCCUCGUGUGCUCCCUCUCAGUCCUCCCUCUCGUGUGGAGGCCCUGUUCCUUCACUCUCCUGACUCCUCAGAGGGAGAGAAAGGAGGAGAAAGAGGAGGAGGCUCGUGUCUGCUUUCCUUCCUGCCAGGAGACACUCUGACCCUGCUGAUCAGUGAACCCAGAGACGGCUGGCAUUAUGGCCAAAAUGAGCGCACCGGACGGAAAGGCUGGUUUCCCUUCUCCUACACACAGUCUUACCCAAACACAUCUGGACAACAAAAUGUCAGGGCUCCUCCCCUGUCUAAGGUGAACAGCACAAGCACAGGGCAGUUGGACAGGCUGCCUCCUGCUGGUCAGAUGCAGCAGGCCAGUCCUGACUCAGAGGACGAGAGGCGCGUCGUAUCCCAGCGUGUCAGCACAUUCAGACCACGCCCCUACAGCAUGCUGAACCCUGAAACCAGCAAGAUGAGCCCACGGCUUAUAGGACAGCGCCUGAGGGACAGGAUGUCCACAGAUUUCACCUCCCCACCUCCGUCCCCGACCAGGAUCAAUCCCUUUGCCCAUAUUCGGCUCAAGAAGACGGUGACUAAUGAUCGCUCCGCCCCAGUUAUACAGUAGUACCUUCAAUUACUGACAACCAGAGAGAUGCUGUCUAUAACAGGGCCACUAACGCUUUGCUACGAGUACCUCUGUAUCAUUGAAUGAGGAAUUCAAGCUUUGAGAUGCAAGUUUUUAAUACUAGACUUUUCAUUCUUAUUUUGUCCAUUUCAAUUCGGACAAAUACCAAUGUCAGAAUUAAACCCACGUUAAUUGAAAUCAGCUAUGGCAAAUCAAAUGUAUACACAACACAUGUUAUCAGAAGCGGCAGGGGUUGAUGUAUCCAGAAGCGCACGUGUCGAAAAGUGUCGAAAUGACUUUAUAACAUUUGAUUUCAUAAUAUGCACAGCAGAUUCUUCAGUCUUUUAUAAUAUAUAGUGUGAUGUAUCUUUCAGCAUGAUUUUUACAACACAAAUCAGGAAAUUACAAGAUGAAAAUGAUUACAAAUGAUUUUUGUGCUUUGUAGAGAUGCCCUAUUUAAAACCUUUGAUGAAACAAUAUGUUUUUAAACACUACAUUUACUGUUUAAACGUCAUGUUCUUUAAAUGCAUCAGAUUAAGCUAAAGCAGGACCCAUUCCUGCACCUGAAACAACAAAGACUUAUAUGUGCAUUUAUCGUUCCAGAUGUAUUUUAACGACUACAGGAAGCACUUUCAAAAACAUAAUUAUGUGCUGCACUGUUGUAGCAUGAGGCAUUUUUGCAGAGUUGUCCAUGUUUUGCAGUUCUUUAGUCAACAUUUAUAUUUUAUGGGGGAAAAAUAUACACAAAUGCAAACCUUAAUAGCUACAUUUUUAUUGCUUUUAGACACUUAAAGGAAUUGUUCAGUCAACAGUAAAAAUGUCAUUAUUUCCUCACUAUAAUGUCGUUCCAAACCCUUACGCUCUUAUUGUUUCUGUGGAGCAACAAAAAGAGAAAUUCAUAAUGAUCUUUCUGAUUCAAAAACAUUGUGCCAUCCUAGUUUUAACCCCAUGCGAUGUGCCACGUUUUGGAACGUAGAACGAGAUUUGAGAACUACUGCGGAUGGGAAGCUUUUCAGUAAAUAAUGAAGUAAAUUUCAAUCUGUUCCUCGCACAAUGUUAUUGACUUCAGGAGACUUGGAAUGUAGUGCACAUGUCACAUGGACUACUUUGUGAAGCUUUUACAGUGGAGCCGAUUUGGAGCUUGACAGAAGUGUUCACUAUGAAUGUUCCAUGGCAUGUCAUAUGGGUUUGGAAUAACAUGAGAAUAAUGACAGAAUUUGCAUAUGCCACAUGAUCAUAGAUCAUAUACUUUCCAUAGAAAACCAGAGCUACUAAAAAAGUUUUUGUUUUAUUGAAUAUAGACAAGGUAUCCUUGAACAUUCUGAGAGAAGUAGGUUGACUGCCUGGUGCUGUCAUGUAGAAGUAGGAAACAGCUGAAUGAUUAAAUGGAAAAGUGAAGAAUAUUUGCUGAAAGACUUGGUUAGAGGAAGAAGUACAUUGUUUUUGAAAGUCGGAAGUGAAGAGGCUCUCAGCUCGUCUCUUGUCCCCCCUUUACAAUCAGUCUUGUAUAUUUUGCCAAACCCUAAAUCUCAAAAACUAAAGUUUGUAGUCUUAAGUUGCAGCUGAUUCUAGGCAAGAGAUAUGAUAUGGCUAAGAGUGAAGCUGGCGUAUGCAGAGAGAGGACAUCUGAAAAUGUGCAAGAACGGUUUGGAGGAAGUGACGGUGGUUAAGUGCUGUAGCUGAAGUUUUGUAAAAUAGACAACAACAAAAAACCCUUCUUUACCCAUAUAAUUAUUUUUUUCAGAAAUUUUAGGAAGAGUGGAUUUAUACCCAGCAAUCUGAAAUUAACAAAAAAUGUGAUGAUUUAGUAAAUGUAGUAAUUUGACCUUUGGGCUUGUUUAUCUUUAUCAUAGUUAUCUUAAAAGUUGCUUGUAAUAGUACGAUUUUGCACUGAUUCUGACAACAUUAUUCUAAUUAUUAAUAAUGAUAAUCUUGUUCAUUCAAAACAAUAUUCUUCCACUUCAGGGUCAGUUUUGUUCUGAUACCUUCAAAUAUAAUAUUAAUAAUAAUAAUAAUAAUAAUAAUAAUAAAGCAAUUAUAAUUAGAUCUUAAGUUGAGUAAAGCAAAAUCAAGUUAACCUACAACCUUAUAUAUAUAUAUAUAUAUAUAUAUACUGUAUACAUAAAUGUAUAGAUAACUAUCUACUGAGAAUAUAGCAUGUUUUUAUUAGUUCUAAAGUUGAAUUUCCAAACUGGUGUAAUCUAUGUGAAAUAUUAUCCAAAGGACCCUUCCUAUGAAACACUGGCUUAAUUAACAGCCAUAUUUACUGUUAGUUAGACUUGUUCCUUCACUGUACUAUUUUUGUGAUGAUUAAAUCCUUAUGCUAUGAAGGCGUUUGCAGGAGGCUCUUGGGUCAGGCAUAUUAACUCCCAUCACUAGAUGUUUUUUGGAUCAGAUGUGUUUGGAGUCUCUUUGGAUCAGUCAUAUAUUUUUUGGACUGUUCUAACUUUAUGCUAACUGUAUCUCCCUGCAAUGUCUUUUGAAAAUGAACUUCAAUAAACAAAGUUAAUCUC